CCGCCCGCACCGAACAUUCAAGCCAGAAUAUCCAACCAAGUAACGUUGCACGCGCAACCAGUGUAUUACCUAAUUAAAAACAAAAGAAAAAUCCACAUCGCAACCAUGUCUGAAACCUUCUUCGACGAGUACGACCACUACAACUUCGAACAAGACAAACACAUCUUCUCUGGACACAGCGGCAAGCAGCGAUCGAAGCGCGAGGUGAGCGAGCACCAGAACCACUUCGACCCGUCCGGCCAUUCUAGAAAGAUCGUCACGAAGCUAGUCAACACAGAGAAAAACAAGAAAAGCAGCAAGAACUGAACAUUCCGGAUCCAGAAACGACUUUGGCUUGUAUUUGGGACGUCGAUAUGCAGAACGAAUGGAGAACGUUAAGGCGGAUACCCGAGGAGCAGCUCGGGUAGGCCUCGUCGAGAUCAGUGGAGCUUCCUUGGCGCUUCCUGCUAACGCAGGGGUGCUACUUCGCCAGCAGCAGCGGACGAGGUCAUCGGACGUGCCGGGCGCAGGGCCCAAGGCCACCGGUAAAUCUAUUUUGGACACACCACCGUUCCCAGAUCUGAUCUCAAACUAAAAUCGAGCUUGUUAUAGAGCUCAUCUUGCUGUGUUAUUAAUUCCUAGUUAGUUUAUUACUUUUAAUUUUGUGUUUUCUCCCUGUAUAUGUUUGGGGUAGGAUGCUCAUUUGACUGUAAUAAUAAUUUAAGGUUUAAUAAAGAUAUAAAAUUUACGAUUAUUCUGUCGUUUUUUUAGCCGGAAAAUGUGCGAGGUCGUUGUCUUUGUUAUGUUUUUAUCCGCCUACAGGCCUAGCUGUUUAUACACAAAAACAACCUUGAAGCACAAGCCGAGGCGGCGCGCGCCUCUGGCCUUGCCGCUAUUAUCAGUAAAUAUUGUAUUAUUUUGCGCCGUAGCUAUAGCUACAUUAUCACGUGAUAAUAACAUAACAAAGAACAGCUUAAUAUAACCUACAGGUCAGUUUAUUGUCUAGGUUAUAAGUGGUUGCAAGGGCGAUCGAUAAAGCGCCCGG